AUGGCCGCAAAAGCAAAGGCUGCUGCAGCAAAGAGAGCUGCUGCUGCAAAGAAACCAGCACCCGCUUCAAAUGCCAAAGCAAUCCCGCUCGUCCAACAUGACCCUACUCGUCCACCACCGCUGAACAUCAAGGACCAAGCCGUCUUCAAGCAAAUCCUCCAUCUGUAUGAGCUCAAACAAUAUUCUGCAGCACUCCAGCAUUGUGAUACCCUCCUAGAGAAAUAUCCUGGUCAUGGGGAGACGACAGCCAUGGCAGGGCUCUUAAACCACUCGAUGAACAAUAAAGCGCAGGGUUAUACUCUAGUUAAAGCGGGCAUGAAGGCCGACUUGAAGUCUCACAUAGUAUGGCACGUCUAUGGAAUCAUCACUCGAGCCGAUCGAAAUUAUGCCGAGGCGGUCAAGAGUUAUACUCAGGCUUUGCGACUCGAUCCCGAGAACCAUAACAUCCUCAGAGAUCUUGCCAUCCUCCAAAUCCAAGUUCGUCAAUACUCGGCCUACGUCGAAUCUCGCUGGAAGCUCCUAAGGUCCAAUCGACGUUCGAGAACGGCUUGGCUAUCGUUAGCAAUGGCCUAUAAACUCAAUCAUCAAACCGAAGCUGCCCUACAAGUAAUGGAUGCGAUAGAGAAAUGUGAAGUGAUCCAUGAACCUGAACAAACCUUUGAACGAUCAGAGUCGAUCUUGUUCAAAGCCUCGCUUCUCCCUCCAUCCGAUGCACUGGAAUACCUUGAGAACUCUUCAACCCUGAUCCUCGAUCGUCCCCGAUACAUGUUAACCCGGGCCCAAUAUCUCGGCGAGCUUGGUCGGCAAGAAGCUGCAGAAUGGGCCUGGUUCGAUUUACUGGAUACCAAUAGCGAAAAUCGGAUGUAUCUGGAGGGAUAUCUCUCAAACCGGUCGAAAGUCGAAAAUGAAAAUCCGGCGGACGCUCUCAAACGUUUGGCCCAACGAUAUCCAACUUCGCAAUUGAUCAAACGUUUGAUCCUGGAUCAUGCGAGUGGUGCUCAAUUCGACCAAGAACUUGAAUCUUACCUCUGUGUCAGACUCACUAAGGGCAUCCCGUCACUCUUCAACGACCUGAAACCUCUCUUAAUGGUCCCUGCCAAGUUGAAGUCAAUCAGAGCCGUUUCUGAAAAACUGCACGCACAAGUAUCCCAACAUGGUUGUUUUGAAUUGACCAAAGAUCUUGAGGCCAAAGAACCCUCAUCGACUCUGGUUUGGAUCUUGCACUUUUUGUCUCAACUCUAUGGAUCGCCUCAUUUGAAUAUGACGAAGGAAGCGAUCGAUGCAGCUCAUCAAGCGAUCGAACACACCCCAUCCCUUCCGGACCUGUAUAUCUCACUUGCCCAUGCUUACAAGCGAGCUGGCUCAUUCGAAAAGGCAGCUGAUGCUCUACGGAGCGCUCGUGGGCUAGAUGGACAAGACCGAUUUUUGAAUUCAAAGUGUGCUAAAUACGUUCUUCAAUCGAUCGGGGCACCUGGCCAAACUACCGAAAUUUGGAAUCGACUCUUGGAAGAAAGUCGACAGCUGGUUGGCCUGUUUACUCGAACAGAUGCCCCUGAUCCAGUCAGUGAUCUAGUCGAUAUGCAGGCGGCGUGGUAUGUUAUUGCUGAGGCAGAGGUUGCUUUGAGAGUAUCUGAUUGGGCAUUGGGCUUAAAAAGACUACAUCAAGUGUAUGAGAUCUUUCGUCAGUGGGAAGAAGAUCAAUACGACUUUCAUACAUAUUGUAUUCGGAAAAAUACAUUCCAGACUUACCAAGAUCUGUUGAAAUUUGAAGAUACCCUGUAUGCUGACCCAGUCUAUUACAAAGCGGUUUCCAAAGCGGUGGGGAUCUAUCUAAAACUUCACGAUCGGAUGGUCAUCGCUAGAGAAUCUCAACAAGCCCCCCAGAUUACCGAAUAUAACGUUUUGGCAACCCAGACUCAAGUCUCCUCAGAAGUCAAUCCAGAUUCUCUAACAAAUCAAAACGGUGGCCCUAAACCUGAUGAAGAGGCCACCAAGAGUAAAAAAGCUCUGAAGAAAGCGAAGAUGGCUGAGAUUAAGGCCAAAGCCCAGGCUGCGCUCGAAGCCAAGAAAGCCUCGUCAAAGAAUAAGAAUAGCGAGCAAGCCAGCACGGCUGCGGCAGACGUAAUCCCACCCAUUCCAGACGACGAUCCAACGGGAGAAAAAUUGUUGAAGACUGAGAAUCCCUUAGAGAUGGCUAAUGAAUUGCUCAGACCAAUCGAAAACGAUUUUUCGGGUUUAACAGUCAAGAAACCAGUGGAUCCGUCAAAGCGACUGAUAUGGAAAGGUGUUUCCCUACACAGGUUUCAAAUCGAACUCCGGAGAGACAAACCGCUCUUGGCACUCCGAGCACUUCUAAAAGCUCAUGAUCUCUCCGAAGACGAGCGUUCAAUCGAUCCCUCCGUGUUUGUAGCCUUGACGAAAUUGAAAGUUAAAUACUUGUCCUCCGCUCAGCUCAACGGCUCCUCCCCUGACACCGAGUCGACGACGACAACAAAUGUUCUACAGAAAGCUUUGGAAAAGAUUCAGCGAUUGGAGUUGCCUAACACCUAUCAAGCUAGAUUAGCGCGUGCCGAGGCCUUCAUCGUCCAACGUGCCUCCUCAUCAAGUCCGGCGAGCAGAACGGAAGGACCGUUCUCAAAUAAACAAAUCGAGGACGAAAUAUUCUCGCUUUUUGGCUUUCACAACGAGCAAAAUGUGAAUGAGUGGAAAACCGGUCUCCAAGGCUUAAGACUACUCGAAAGCUUUGCAAGUUCAAGAACGGAAGAAUUCAAGUCGAAGGCCCUCCAACUCUGGAAGUUUGUUGACUAUUUUCAACCCCCUACAAUUGCAGAAAAGAAUCAACAAGGUCAAGAAGACUUAGCCACUGCUAACAAUCACGCCUCGGAUCAUCCUCAUCAUUCUAACUCGACUGACCCUCACACUACUAGUAUUGAUGAUCCUACAAACCAACAAGCUCACCCGGAUGGAUCGAAAAAUGAUGCGCUUGAAGAAAUCCGAGAUUUUUAG